UUUGAACAGGAAGUUUCUGUUUAAAGUGCUGUCAGUCUGAUCUGUCGCAGGAGCGUUUUCAGGGGUCAUUUAAAGUUCGUGCUGAGCGCUGGAGAAAAUGUCCGCGGUGAUUCCUCGCAUCGAGCAGCUGUCAUCGAGAGUGGUGGGUGUUUUGGGAUGUAACCCGGGGCCCAUGACAUUGCAGGGCACCAACACAUACCUGGUCGGAACGGGCAGAAGGCGAGUGUUAAUUGAUGCAGGCGAGCGCGCGGUACCGGAGUAUAUUGUCAAUCUGCGCGAGGCUCUGAAGCAGCACGAGACGUCCAUACAGCACAUUAUAGUCACACACUGGCAUCAUGACCACACUGGAGGAGUGCAGGACAUACUCACACACUUUCACAAAGGUGAACAGGAAGCAGAGCUGAGGGUCAGUAAACUCCCUCGGUGUCCUCCACAGGAAGAAGCAAUCGGAGACGAGAAGAAGAAAUAUGAAUAUCUCAGUGAUGGUGAUGUGAUAAAGACUGAAGGGGCAACAUUACGGGUGCUGUUUACUCCCGGACACACAGAUGAUCACAUGGCAUUAUUCCUGGAAGAGGAGCAGGCUGUGUUUUCAGGAGACUGUAUUUUGGGAGAGGGCACGGCCGUGUUUGAGGACCUCCAUGAUUACAUGAAGUCACUGCAGAAGCUCCUCAGCGUGAAGGCCGACCUCAUAUAUCCAGGUCAUGGGCCAGUGGUCCACAACGCAGCUUCUAAGAUCUGUGAGUAUAUAACUCACCGGAACGCAAGAGAACAGCAGAUCCUAAAUGUUUUGCAGGAGAAUCGUGGAACUGCAUUCACCUCCAGCGAACUGGUUAAAGUGGUGUACAAGGAGACCCCUGAACACCUGCACAGAGCAGCAGAGUUUAACUUGUUGCACCAUUUAAAGAAACUCCACAAGGAAGGAAAGAUCUGCCUUGCUGAAGGCCCAAAUGAAAAGCAGUGGAAGAGCAAUUUGUGAAUU